CUGAAACUUGUUGAAUUCCCACACCGGAUACUUGGGAAUUCAACAAAACUUGAGAAGGAAUUGGAGGAGCUGAGAAAAUCGAUCUAUGGGUACGGAUAUGCGGCAGAGUUUCUUCUUCUCAGAAGUUGUCACCCCACAACAGAAGCUAUACGACGGCAGACUCUUUCCUGCCGUCCUAUCUCCUCACCCAAACGCAUCACUACAUCAUAGCUUACCCCUUGCUGUUAAGCUGCAGAAGCAGUGGCUUGAAGCUCUUCUCCAUCAAUCUGGGGCUAUUCUCUUCACAGGAUUUCCGGUUAGCUCGGCGUCGGGUUUCAACGACGUCGUUGAAGCCUUCGGUUACGAGGAGCUGCCGUACAUCGGCGGCGCAGCCCCUCGGACUAAUGUUGUUGGUCGUGUCUACACCGCAAAUGAAGCCCCGCCUGACCAGAACAUCCUUUUUCACCAUGAAAUGGCUCAGGUUCUAAAGCAUCCAUCAAAGCUUUUCUUUUACUGUGAAGUAGAGCCUAGAAGUGGAGGGGAAACCCCAAUAGUUCUUAGUCAUGUUGUGUAUGAGAAGAUGAAGAACAAAUAUCCAGAGUUUGUGGAGAGAUUAGAGGAGGAUGGCUUAAUCUACACCCGAGUGUUGGGAGAAGAAGAUAAUCCUCUAUCCGCAAUUGGUCAAGGGUGGAGAUCCACAUUUCUGACUUCCGACAAGAGUGUUGCUGAGGUUAUGCUUCUGAAGAAGAUCGGUAGAAGAAAAGUAAUAUUAACGGGUAACCUGCCGCUAUUUAUUAGUGGUAUUACGUAUGAAAAGUAAAUUAUUUUUUUAAACCCACAAUUGCAUUGGAGAAGAAAUAUUAUUUUAAAGAGAAUACUGUCAUAUUAGUCCUCGUACUAUAGUAAGGGAGUGUUUGCAACAGCUUCUGCUUAAAAAAAAGCACUUUUGGAGAUGAAAUGAAAAAGUGAUUAGUUGUAAAAGUUGAUAGUGUUUGAGAAAAAAGUGAUUUUGAAAAGUAAAAGUUGGUUGUGUUUGGUAAAAUAAGUGCUUUUGGUGUAUAAAAAGGGGGAAAGCACUUUUGACACGAAAGCCGAGAAAAGUAAAAAAUUGGUAGUGUUUGGUAAAUAAGUGCUUUUUUAAGCCAAAAGCUGAGAAGUGCUUUUUUUAAAGUUGUUGCAAACCAACCUUAAAAAGUUAAUUAGACCCUUGUACAAUUUAAUCACUCAAUCGGACCCCCAAACUUUAAUAAAUCGUUCAAACUUCAAAAUGUCUUUUUAAGAGGUUAUCAAACGGUUUCCCGUUACUUUGCUUGUCUGGCUAUCCAUGUCAUCUUUUUUUAUUUAUUUUUUUUCAUUAUUGAUACUCCAUCUUUUGUGAAUUCCGCAUUCGCACUAAAGAUGCUCUAAAAGGGGUUAUAGGUUUGAUUUGGAUAUCCUAAAUUAACAAGAUUAAAGUAUUAAAAAAAAUGGAAAGAUAUAAAUCAAGAAGUCAUUAUUCUAAAUCAGGAAAAAAUAUGAAACAAAACAAAUUUGUGUGCUCAAAGCCUCAAAAUAUGGUACGUAAUUGUGUGUGCUUCUACAUGCUCUCCAUUUGAUUUUGAGUUUUCAAUAAUCAAUAACUACAACACACAACAGUGUGUAUGUAAGUUUGUAUAUAUAUGUAGGAGUGCAUUCAUACAUGCCUGUAGAUUGCUUACACUAUGCAAUGUUUCAUAGGGCUGUGGAGUUGGGAAUAAAGCUGGAGUGGCUUGAGGAUGGAGUGAAAGCAGUUAUGGGUCCAAGACCUGCUAUUGUGUUGGACAAAGCUAGGCAAAGAAAAACAUGGUUUAAUAGCAUGGUGGGUGUUUAUACCUGCUGGCAAGAUGCACGAAAUGAUUCGAAGAAGGCGGUGACUUUCAGGGAUGGGAACCCCUUGCCUGCCGAAAUCAUACACGAUUGCCUCAAAAUAAUGGAAGCAGAAAGUGUUGCGAUGCCAUGGAAGAAAGGUGAUAUUUUGCUCAUUGACAAUACGACUGUUCUUCACUCUCGAAGGUCGUUUGAUCCUCCUCGUCGCAUUCUGGCCUCAUUGUGCAAGUGAGGAAAGUAUUACUGCAGUGAGUCAUGAGACCUUAAUAGAUAGAAUUGUCAAUGUCAUAUGGGAUGAUGACUAAUGUGAAAAUUCAAAUGUUAU